AUGCGGCUAGCUCUCUACGUCAAAUUUAAGGGGUGUUUUGUUGGUAGCUUUCAACGACUUAAUGUGGGCUUUAUUCAGCUCACAACAUAUUGCUGUCUUGGUCGUAUAAGUGCAACGGAUAAUGCUCCGAAUCGUUUUCAAGUGGUCCAUGCCUUUUACUGCUAUCGACAACGUGAUAGUUGUCAGCCUUCGUGGGUAGACUAG